CUGUCCACCUCUCUGUCCGCAGAUUACCAGUGGCCCUUGCCCUCAGACCUCUGCCCCAUCUGGAUCUACCUGGACGUCCUGUUCUCCACGGCAUCCAUCAUGCAUCUGUGUGCCAUCUCUCUGGAUCGGUACAUCGCCAUACGAAACCCGAUCCACCACAGCCGCUUCAACUCCCACACAAAGGCUCGCAUCAAGAUCAUGGCGGUGUGGACAAUAUCUGUGGGGAUCUCGAUGCCGAUUCCUGUGCUGGGACUGAGAGACCACUCCAAGGUCUUCAAAGAGGACAGCUGCUUGCUGACGGACAACAACUUUGUCCUGGUCGGCUCCUUCGUGGCCUUCUUCGUCCCUCUCACCAUCAUGGUGGUCACCUACUUCCUGACCAUCAACGCCCUGCAGAACGAAGCCACGCUGUGCUUGGACCAGCUGGUCCCGCGGCCCAAGUGGAGCACCACCUUCACCCUGGGCUUCCUUCCGCAGACCUCCGUCUCCUCCGAGAAACUCUUCCGGCGCUCCAUCAGCCGGGAGGUGGGGGGCCGGGGGAGCGGCGGGGGCCUGGGCAGCAACCGCGGGAGCGUGUCCGGCUCCCUGUUCGGGCGCCGCACCAUGCAGUCCAUCAGCAACGAGCAGAAGGCCUCCAAGGUCCUCGGGGUGGUGUUUUUCCUCUUCGUGGUCAUGUGGUGCCCGUUCUUCAUCACCAACGUGCUGGUGGUGGUGUGCGACCCGGCCGUGUGCGACGCCGGGGUCAUGGGAGGCCUGCUGAACAUUUUCGUCUGGGUGGGGUACCUGUCGUCUGCGGUCAACCCGCUGGUCUACACGCUCUUUAACAAAACCUACCGCGCGGCAUUCCAGCGCUACAUCCGCUGCCGGUACCAGCCGGAGAAGAAGCCUCUCCAGCUCAUACUGGUCAACACCAUACCACCCAUCGCUUACAACUCCACCCAGCUGCCUCUGGGGGACGUCAAGAAGCUGCAGAACGGAGAGGCUCACUGUGAUAGCCAGGGGAAGGACUCCCCGCUACCGGGGAGGGAAGCGGACAGGUGGACACGAGGCCAAACCCAGGCGGACAAAGACGAGAGCUGCGUGUGA